AAGGUAUCUUUACUUUUACUCAAGUAUGACAAUUGGGUACUUUUUCCACUACUGCAAUAAAAUGCUUCAGAUCUGAGCCAUCCGGAGCAGAUAUAUAUAUAUAUAUGACAGCUUAUAGAGAGCCUCUGUCUUUACCUCUCUGCUCCGGAUGGCUUGCGCAGUGGUGCCUCUGACAACAACAGUGAUUGGUCUGUGAGAAUAGACAGGUAUAAUGCGUCUUAAUCCAAUUCUAGCUACAGGGGUGCCUGCUCCUACUGUCACAAUGGAGCUCAUUCACUUCCUCAGGGACACUCCUCGUUUUGUGGUCUCAACUGGCCCUUCUCUGGAUAGUUUGAAGGAUUUAUUUCUGAAAUGAGGGGAUUGAUGCUCUGUGUUUUUGCCCCGGCGAUGUUAACAGCUUCUGCAGAUGAGGAGGAGCAAUGGGAGGAGGGGCCUCUGCAGUGUUUCCGCUGUGACCUGGGCUUCUGGGAUGCCUGCUACACCACCAAAACCAACUGCAACAUCGGGGAGAAGUGCUACACUGGCCGAGGGAAGGCAGGUGAUGUGUUGGAUGUUAAAUUGCUGGGCUGUGUCAAGGCGAAGGAGUGUGAGCUGGUGACCAAUGUGGAGAUCUUCUCCAACACAACCAUCUACGUGAUGACCAGGCACUGCUGUGACACACACUUCUGCAACACCGGACACACACUACCCCUCAACACACUCCUCUCCCUGGCACUGACUACAAUAACUGUCAUCCACCUCUCCUCUCCCUGACAGUGACUACAAUAACCAUGAUCCUCACCUUCAAACAGACUACAAUAACCACCAUACAUCAUAAAGUCACCAGCAGCACACAUUUAUUCAAUUUUCUUAAUUCUGUUAAUAUUCUGUGUUUAUUUGUCAAGGAAUAUGGACAGUAAUUAACAUAUGUGGAUGUGCCAGACUGAGGCAAAAGUCUCAUGUUCAACCCUUAGAAGCUGUCUCUAGGCUUGGGCAAAAUUGAUUAGAUGGUUUUAUGGAAUUCAAUUUUGAAUAAAUGUAAUUUUCUCAUUCUGUUGUUGGCAAAAACAAGAAAAGGAGACUGGAUUUUAUUUUCUAUCAUAUUUAUUGAACAUUCUGAAUUGUAACCGUGAAUAACGUAAUACAAAUUUACAUUGUCCUCAAUCUUGGUUGGGAUAUUUUAAAACACGUCAAAAUUACUUUUAUGUUCUCCUCCAAACAAAAUAUUUCCAUAGAGAAUACUACAUUAUUUCCUAUUGACUUUAGUGUUAUGGUAAAUCCUAAAGUAGUAUGCAUCAAUCUCUCAGACCCAUAGGCACAGAUCUAGGAUCAUCUUAACCUCUCUAAAACCAUCAGCAUCUUGGGGCAACUUCCUCUUACAGUCAGUGAAGCUGAGGUCAUACUGGUAUACAGUAGUGUUGCUGUUAGACAACAGUAGUACUGGUAUACAGUAGUGUUGCUGUUAGAGCAGGUCUCCUUCAGAGGGAAGCGGCUCCUCCUUCAUGUAGCGCUGCAGAUCCACACUCUGGUCCUCAAGGUUCACACACAGGAACUUCUUCACCACAUAAACACACCUGACAGACACACACACACAAAGAAAACACCUGUGUGUGAUUGUGAGUAUCUAUUGCAAGCAGAAUAACUUAUUUAGAUGUUCAUCUGAGCCAUCUGUGUUGCAGGUGAAUGGUAACAGCUGAAUAAGAUGAGAAAAGAAGAAACCCACACACUGAUCUUGAUAGUAUCACUGCUCUUUAAUAACUUUACGUAUCGACCUCAAGGCCUUCCUCAGAGCGUUUGUGAGUGUUUAUAAGAACAUACAGAACUCACACUCUUAGUUUGCAUUUCUGUUGAAAAAAAUGUGAUGCCUUAUUGUACUUGUGUGCACAGACACAGGAAGUAGUUUGGGAGUGUGGGGGCUGCGUUAUAUAUUCAUUUUUGCUAGAAAUAAAAUUGUAAAAAAAAUUAUUUGUGGGUGGGUGCUGGAAAAAUAUUUUUCGGCCGCAUUACAGAUGCUAUAUCAGUCCGCUAAUACAGAACUAUUAAAGAUGGAGUGCACUACUUUUGUGGAGAAAAAAUUAAAAUAAAAAAUUAAAUAGUUUGUAGUUUGUUUGUAUCCUGUUUAGUGAAUGAUUACUGUGAUUAUUAAUGGAGUUUAGGUCAUGAAACUGUGUGUAUGCUCAUUUAGAAAGGUUGACCUAAUCAGAUAAGAAGAAAUUGCCUAGUAUCAAAGAGCAGGGUCAGGCCCAGGACAAUGAAGAUGUACGGGGUGUGAUUCUGACAUCUAGCUAAACAAAGAGAGGACCAUGGACAUUCCACAGGGGAAAGGAGGGAAACUCAUUGGGGUUAUAAAAUGUAUAGCUGGGGAGGUGACACCUACAAGAGGGUGGUGACCAAAAGGAGGGAAGAGUAUAAGAUGUUUUGUGAACUUUCUAAAUGCAUGCACUCAGCUGACUGUAUCCUUGGUAUUAAACACUUAACUUCUCUUGAGCUUUUGGUCUCAAUUCCUUAUUGCAAAGAGGUUGCAAUAGCAUUUUUCUUAGAAACAAAUGGAAACAGGAUGCACCUGAGCUCAAUUUCGAGUCUCAUAGCAAAAGCGUCUGAAUACUUAUGUAAAUAAGGUAUGUUUUUUAGUUGUAAUAAAUGUGCAGAA